AUGCCAGGCCCGGCGGUGCUCUUUGUUGGGAAUCUACCCACUGUGGCGAAUGCGCAGUACGUAGAGCGUCUCUUCUCCGCCUACGGCCGGGUGCUGCAGGUGAAGGUGCUGCAGGAGGGCACUACUCCCUACGCGGAGGUCACCUACGGCGCCGUGGAUGACGCCGAUUCCGCCAUCUCCGCACUCCACACGCUCUACUGCGCCUCCCCCGGACUCCCGCUCGUCGUGCUUUACCACCGCAACAGCCCCGCCGUCUCCGCCUACGGCAGGCGCGUGGGUGGUGAGUACGCAGCAGCGGUGCGUAGCUGUCGUGAUCCAGCACAUGUACCGCUGGAGGCAUUUGAUGAGCGAUUUGAGCGCACAGAGGUCCCACCACCACCAUCCGACAAGGAGAUCCUUGAGGGUAACCGGUGGAAUAGCCAUUAA